CAUAAACAGUAAGAUUCUGAAAAAAGUCAAUGUCUUCUUCUUCCUUGUACGUUCCAUACUGGUCUUCUGCAACUCAAAGAAGGCCACUUCAGCCUUCAGACAACCCGAACCCGGAUGAUUCCGGGCACCGACAUCCUCUCAUUGAUCAGGCUCCGACUCCCAGGCCCCUCUUUCAGUUGUUCGCCUUGGUGUUCAUCGUCUUCCUCGGCCUCCUUCAGUUUCUCCCCGCAACCCAUUUUCGAGACCCCUCGGAUCCUUACAGAAACUGGGUUCCCUUCAGCUCCAUUGAUUCCGGCAAUAAUUUGAGGAAUUUUAGUGAUAGGGAGUCUGGUGUCAACGGGGAAGAGCCUGGAAUUGUGCACAUUGUGUCAUGGAUGGAGUGUUUGGACCUUCGAGUGCUUGCAGUUCUUGCAAACUCAACUCUGUCAGGCUCAAGAUAUCCGCAUCUGCUACACUUUCACUUCUUCAUCCCAAAAGGGAAUGAAGACAAGGUGUCCUUUUAUAAGUUGAAGGUGUUGUUCCCACAUUCAAACCUUGAAAUUCAUGGGCAGGAGGAAGUGAAAGAAGUGAUUCGAACUGCCAUGUCUGGCAUGAAACAUCCUAUAUCUAAGUAUGAAGAUAUAGUACCUUUCGUUAUACCUAGUGUUCACCGCUUCUUGAGUAAAUUCAUAUACAUCUCACCAAAUGUAAUUGUGAAGGGGAAUGUUGAAGAACUAACUGGAGUUGACUUGAGUUAUUAUGCUAUUGCAGCUGCUGAGGACUGCUCCAAAAGCUUAGAUACCUAUGUUAAUUCUGAUAUACUUGACGCUAUCCAGAGAUCAGCAUCAAAGCCUUGGGUAUCUGAGACACCUUAUGCAACAAAUUCUUGUAUGCCAGACUUAAGCUUGGUUUUGAUUGAUUCAAGGAAGUUGGAAAAAGAUUUUUUAGAGGCUUUUCUAUGGUGGUCUAAAGUUCUAAAUUGGAGUGAAAGGAGCAGCAGAAGAAAUCCUGCCAUUUCACUGGCACUCUACAACGGAUACCUCAAGCUCUCUAGUUCAUGGUUGGUCAGAGACUCGACGUCAUUGGUAUUCAACGAGAGUUUUGUUACUCGUUAUGAUGGGCCUAAGACUGUCUGCUCUGAGUCUGGUGAUAGUGCCACCACAGAACCAGGUUAUGGCAAUCUCUGGACAGUGCACCUUCCCGCAACAUCAGAUCGAAUUGUCCGUGACUAAAACUUCACCAGCAUACUGAUUUCAGAAAUUGGAGGACAGCACAAGGCUGGCAAUUUGACAGCGUCUGGAUAAACUUAUGUUGAUGAUUCCAAGGUCUUUUUUUUUUUUUUCCCUGCAAUGCGGAAACCUCAAAGAAAAGCUCAUGGGCAAACUGCAGAGCCGGCAGAAAGUCAACCCACCAUUGGCUCCUUCAAUACAUUAUCCAAAUUGGCCAUUCUCUGUGAACCUUACGAAAACAAGAAGAUAUUCAAUGUCCAACCGGUUUUGUCUUUUGCAAUCACAGUUGUACAAUCUGUACUUCGAAGAGCCUUGCCGGCAAGAUUCAAUGAAAACUGUUUUAAU